UGUGUUGCUUCCGUUUACUAUGACUGCUUUUGCCUUCUUACUACUGCAUUACUUUGAAGCCUCACUUCUAAUUCUGUCGCCUACUAUGGCAUCAUGAUGAGAAAUAGUGAUAUGCUAUCAUGAUAUUAUCGUUUUGUUGAUAAUUCUCGUCGCCCAUCGAGUGGGCAUUGCCUUCACUUCUCUCCCUCCCGUGAUUACUGUUCAAUAGCAUUGUCGUUACCAUGGCGGUGCCUGGAACCACACAGGCUCUCAUUGCCGCCUUCUUGUUUGGCAUCCUAUUCAACUCGGCAUCUACAGCUCUAGUACUCUACGUCAAAAGCAAUGGGUCAGCGAUCUACCGGGACGGGCUGAGGCUGGUCCUCAUUUUAUUCUUCUUAUCAUCUUCAACUUGGGCCCUCGUCGAAUUUCUCUCCACUCUGAUUGAUCCGAGCGCAGUAACCACGUGCCAGGUGGCGGUGGUUUUCUCAUCUCUCUUCGACCAGUUCGGAAGAGUAUUUGUUGAGCAGUAUCUGGUUUGGGCGGUGCCGAAAGGAGAUGCCAAAACAGUGUUUUCCCUCAUACCACAGAUCUUGGUUUUUGGUCGCUUCUUCGUCGCAAUAGCAUUUACCGCAGUAACUCGGCCUCAGUUUAAACCUACUUGCGCACCUAUAUCGAGCGUACAGGGAGUUUCCAUCACCGCUAUCGCUCUAGAUGGGUCUAUUAUUGGUCUUCUAUUGAUCCAAUCUUUCUCGAGGGGCGUGGCUACAAAAGCGCCCGGCUCUAAUCCGAUAACCUUGAAACAUAAAGCUGCUCGCUUGAUCGUUGUGGGAGUUGCUCUAUGGUGGGGGACGAGUGUGGCUUCUUUAUUGGGACUGGAAAGUAUAGACCUAUUCUAUAAGAUUGCCUUGCCUGGGAUUGGUCUCACGGUAUUAGUCGCGCUGGUCACACUACUAUCCCAGACAUAUGCAACUCCUCGGGAGCAUCCCCAGCGCCCCGAUUCUCCGAUAUCUCAAGGAGCUAGAGACUUGCCAUCUUCAGGCUCUGGGGACUACCCGCCUUCCCGUUAUGAGGAUCUGAAAGGAAUCAAUGCUUUAUCAAUAUCCGCGUUUGUAACAAGACGAGAUCCUCCCCGAAACAUCCGCCGGAAUGAUGAUGGCACGUUUCCCACUAUCUCGAGGCCAAUGACAGCUGGAUCAGACACGACUGGAAACCCAACACAGGACCAAAUCCCCUCGACCGUCAAUCCAUUGGCUAUGGCACCUGCCCUAGCCGUGGUGCCACCACUUCCAGAAAAUUGGGCCGUGAUUAAGAGCGCGGGUGGUCGGGCUAAGGCUCAGUCCAAACCCAGAGCUAAGGGAGGAAAGCUGAUAAUUUCAAAUCCAAUUACUAAAGAAGAUACGAACUUGCAGACUUCAUUAAAGAAGAUUCCUACAAUUGACCUGGCAGAAGCAGCAACCAACGAAAGGCUACGAAGAGAGAAGUAUGCGCAACGUACUUCGGUUCUAGUUGCGCAGCGUCCUGCCCCGCGGCCUCCUAGCCCCCAGAUGUUCUCUGGCAUGGUGGCUACGGAACAACAGGUUGAUGGAGACUUAGAAAGAUCUGAAUCAACAAAGACAAGCAAGACAUCAGGCGGAUUAUCUGUCGAGGCGAAUGCAUCUUCCACUGCUACUCAACUGUCUCCUGGAAUCGAUGCUAUUCGGCGUCGAUCUCCAAGACAGCCUGAGCCAGCUUCGUUGACAACGCCGUACAGGGUCAUCAAACCUGGAGAACCGAUUCGGAUACCCAUCCCACGGCCGCCGCAACGAGACCAAGUUCCACCGCCACCAAAACCAGAGCCCGUAAAGACACCUCUUCAACGCCGUCCUACUACAGGUUUACCUUCGAACCCGCGCGCUCAAACACUAAAAUCCACUGACAACCAAAAGACUCAAACUGUUAUGUUUGUUAACAACAUUGUAUACAGCGACCCGAAUGCUGUUGGUGAUAUUAUCCAAGAAGCUACUAAAAUGCCGCAGUCACCUGAUUCAGUUGUGCAUCGCCCACGUCCCAUCCCAAGGAAGGGUGAUCAGGACCGCCAGGUAUUUCCAGCCGAGUUUUCUCCAGACCGCCAUCAUAGGCGAUCUAAAUCUGGUGGAUCGAUUAUGAGCCGAAAAUCGAUUUUACAAGUGGUCCCUGGAAGUCCAACAGGACUUCCCUCUCUACCUCCAGUGCCCCCCAUGGUUUCUUCAGCCACAAGGACCAUAUCGAACAACACUAAAAGUAUGACAGUUGAUGAGAAAAUGGACCUGCUUUAUACUAAUGAAGCGAGUGCCCCUAUCACUGAUAUAGGCAUGAAGCGGCGUUCAUCAUCUCUCCCUGGCUCUACCCGGGGGGAGCCAUUGCAACUAUUACCAGCUAGUGUAUUCGAUACAGAAUCGAGUACUGACAUAAGAGCAUCUAGAGUUAGCAAACGGUCUACAGCGAGGACUUCGAGUUUACUAGGAAUAACGGUAGAACCUCAGAGUUCUGAUCAAGUUAAUGUUUUGGCGACAUCUUUCAGCAACCGAGACCCCGUGAGCGACUUAGGAAACUCUUGGUUACCUGGAAUCCCCGCCAAGGCGGUCACAAUAGCAGAGGCAGCGAAACGUGGGCCUCCGCCGGCAGUCCCAAUACGUCGCCAGGCAAGCGUAUCGACAACUCGCAGUGGGAUGCGACCUGAAGACGACGACGAAACGAUGACAAAUUGGGGCUCAGUGCAUUCACCAGCUAUCCCAAUCUCGAGACAGAAUGCGCGCUCAACUUACAUUCAGAAAGGAUCUCGGAAUGUCGAACCCCUCGAGGAUAUUCCUAUUCUGAUGGUUGAUGGAUCUGUCGAGGGCCGAGGGGGUAUCAGCUCAUCAUCGGAUAGCGAUCAGUUGCUACGUAGCAACCCGGGCGCUUCUUCAGGUUCUCCAGGGCCGUUUCAUCAUCGGCCGGGUGAUAAUUGCCCUACUUUCUCUGCUCGGAAGAACAAAACGCGACCAAGAAAGAUGCCCCCUCCUACGCCAUUGCUUCUAGGUGGUCAGGCUGCCAAGCGUGAAAUAAUCAUACAGGCCGCAGAACCAUCCCCAAUAGAGUCCCCGAGAGCUGCUUAUGAGGCCAUCCAAGCGCAACUGAGAAAUUUGGAAGAGUCUGAUAGAAAUUCGAUAGAAGAUUCGCGCCAGAGCCUAGCCCUUCUUGAGAACCUUGAACAGGAGAUGGGGCAACUAGAGUCGCAAUGGCAAGCUACACACGUCAAUCUGAGCAGAGACUCUAUGUCUACUAUAGGAACCUCGUCUGCCCUGAAUUCACGCCCACCUUCACUAGCUCCAGCGUUAUCUAGGCCACCCUCACAGCGUUUAUCCUUCAUACAUACCAUUUCUGAGCGCCGGGCGUCACGGAGGUCUCGUAUGCAACUUGGAGGUGGGGAAGGGACGGUCAAAACACCGUCUAACAAAUUACCGCAGGCAGAACCAGCCGAGAGACAGGUGCAGUACACAGGGCAGACCCCAGAACUACUGAUGAAGCGCCACAGUUCGAAUGUAUUGUCGGUUUCGAAAGCUGAUUUAGGAAACCCAAGCCCUCCUGACACAGAUGGAUCAGAUUUAGAUGAGGAACUAGAAGAAAGUCAUGUGGCACACAGUCUCAAAACAAGACAACCUAUGUCUCCCAUUCCCACAUUAUGGUCCCAGAAACAAACAAUCCAAGAGACUGCUGCUUCGUGGCUUUGGGAGCCCCGGACAAUGUCAUCCCAAGUACAAACGCUACAUCACGAGUCUCUAAUACCAUUAGGUCGAUCAGUCGCUCGAAAGCAACUUAGCCCGUUAAAAAUCGAGAGCUCAUGUUUGUGGCAAAAUGACACAAGAUCGACGCCAAUGCAACCGCAGCAGGGACUGUGGAUUAACCAACAUGCUUCUCGCCAUUUUGGGUCGGUAAAGGCUCUGGCUCGCCCAGUCCUUGUACGCCCCCCUCGAAAACAAAAGCGUGUCACUCUCCUCCCCGACAUCAUUGAGAAUCCCGAACCUCUUCCGAAUAAACGAGGCACCCUGGGCAUUUUUCAGUUCCCUUGGGGAGAGAGAAGCGAGCAUGCUACACUUCAAUAUCGUCACAGCCAAGCGUUCAUGGCCAUGCCGGGCACCAUGGCCACUAGAAAUCCCAUAGAUAAUGCCGUGCUUAGAGCUAGGAUGUCGGAAUUCCAAGCAGAUGAGUACUCGUCAUCUUUCUUUGAUGACUUCGAGGAGAGUGAUAAUUUAUCUGACUUGUCUGGCGAUAAUGAUGAUGAAUUUGACGAGACGACUCUUUGGGAGAUCGCGAGCUUACUCCAGACAAACCAAAUCCCGUCCAAGAGCAGCUUGUUACCUGUACCACUGCAGUCUUCAUCUUCAACGAGCGCCUCCGAUCUCCUGGAGUAUAUUGCGGACAUGUCAUCUGAUUAUGGAGACGAGAGCGAGACAGAAUUUGAGAUUCCUAUGCCAGAAGAAGGCCCAUUGCCUUGCCAAGAGCAUAAGAACCUGAGAACUGUUGAGAACCCUUUGUUAUGGUCUGCAAAUCAUAUUUCGGAACGCAAUCUACAAAGUUCUGGACUACCUCAAGACGAAGACUGGAGCUGGAAAUGGAACGACUUCACCAUUGGUCCUGAAAACUCAAUUCGAAGUCGAUCCGGAACCGACGAUUCCCUCUCAAUAGUAAGUACCAAGCUAUGGGCGCCUAUAGCUAAAGAGACGAGAAGUCCCAACAUGUCACUCCUUUGGGCAGCAUCAACAGAUAACACCGAGCUCGACGAAGUGUCCUGUCCCAUAAAACUAGUGCAGACCCAACAACAUAUCUCAAAGAUGUGGUCGAAACCAGAGACUUCCAGCCGCCCCGCCGCGCAACACAACUCCUCCUUACCGGAACCGGAGGUUCAGGUUUGGCAGCAGUUAGUCUCGGAGACAAAUGUCGUGAAAAGGUCGAAGCCGCGUAUGGAAAUCACACUGCCAACUAUCAACAGCUCCACGCUGUGGUCGCAAAGUAAGAUCAAGAUGCUGUGGACUGCGCCUCCAAUAUCUCCCUUACUUGAGAACAGGGCUUUAUUUAGGCCAGGAGCUUCAAAGAGCAGCUACCGGACCACGACAGAACCUCCAGCUGCACUUUCGCUCUCCAAAAGGCAUUAUAGUCUCAAUGCAGUUGCUAUGGAACCUCUAGAGUCGGACGCUCUGUGGAGUUUGAAAGUUUCUACCGCUUCUCAGCCUUCAGGGGGUGCUCUUUGGAGGCCCGUUGUCCCUAGUUCAAAAGGAAAACAAGUGAAGUCCACAUCAGCACCUGUAUUACAGGACAAGUCUUCGAGUGGCCUUUGGCAGUUGGCAGUGCAAACACUCCCGUCACAGUCUAAGGGCUUAUUUGAUCCUAAGGCGACUAGAUGUGAUUUUCGGCGAACUUCGGAGCCUCCAGCAGCAAUACUCACUAGUAUAAGACCUCGUCUUGUGCAAGAAUGUCCACUGGCUUUGGCUAGUCGCAGCCUUUGGGCUCCCCUUGAGGCUCGUGGUACUGGAACUAAAGAUAACAACACUGCCUUCCUUUGGCAAAGAAAGUUUUCUUCGAUUGCCAGUAAACCCACUCUCUUUAGGGUUGACAUAGGACGAACAGAUUACCGCAAUACACCCGCCGAACCUGCAGCAUUGGAAAUUGUCAGGAGACAGAGAGUAACCCAGCAGCCACCGCAUAUCCUCCAGUCGACUGAGCUUUGGGCCAAGGAUCAAGCAUCUCAUUCAGAAGUAGAUUGGAUUGCUGCAUGUGCCCCAGCUGUCACUGAAGCCCUUGAAGCUAGCUAUCCACAAAUUGGGCAUCCUUCGCGCGUCUCUUACCCCAAGGACUGGGAUAUUCAACUAAACGAGGCGCUCCCCCCCAGUGGUGAUGUACCCUUAGCUCCUCGUUGGCGAGCGACACCCCGAGAUUGGUCCCUAGCACUCCAACAAGCUGUGCUUGAGUCUUACCCUGAGCUCAGAUACUCAAGGGGACAGGCACUGGCACCCGAAUGGAAAUUCGGACUUGAAAACGAGAUACUUGAAGAGAAGGCCUCCCCAACCCAGAAUCUGGAUGUCUCAGUUCGGCAUCCAGUAUUUCUCGGCUCGUUGGCAUCAGCAGCUGAAACUGUACACCCAGCAUUAACCGGCUACCGUAUUGAUACUGUCAUGCGCCCGGUAACAAAGGCAUUCAGCAUGCCCUCCCUCUGGACCAAGGCUUCUGAACCGCAAACCAUAUCCAUAAACGGAUUGUGGACUUUCUCUAACGGGGCGGGUUCAAGCACAGUAUCUCGACACCCGCUGAACAAUACUACUUCCAGUUAUUAUCCUAUGAGAGGAAGUCAGGUAUCUCGUUCAAUAGUCUCCGAGACAAAGAUUGAUUCAAGAACGCAGGGGCUGUGGCAUCGUGGUAACGGGAAUAGCUCUCGGCACCAUGCCUCUUCAUUCGAGAAGAACUGGCUGGAUGACACGGUUCACAAGAGAUUCUCUCGAAUUGAACUGCGAUACUAAAUUGCGUGACAUAUUCCUUUCUCUUAGCAUAGCCGUCUCAUCUUCAUGCGAGCACACUCAUGUUUCCUUCCUAUCAUCUAUAUGCCUGUAAUAUAACCAUUCAGUACAUAUACCAUU